AUGGGUCGUGCUCAGGCUAUAGAGUUUGGAACCAAGCAAAUUCCACACAUUAUUCCUUUGGAUGAAGAAAGCGCUCGCCAAUUGUGCGAGCAAGUCCUGGAAUCGCAGUCUAACGAACCGGACAAGAUUGCUGAAAAACUCAUGGAAAUUCUGGGCUCUGAGGAUAUUUCACUCAACUUUGUGCUCCAAUUCAAUGAAAAACUGGGGUUGAAAGAUUCACCAUCAGUUGAUGCCUCAACUCGACGGUCUGCUGAAAAUGAGGUCAAAAAAUCAACCUCAUUUGCCAAGAAUAAAGACAUGUUAGAGCCUAUAAAGUCAACUGGAACCCCAAUUGCUCGUGUAGCUAGUCCUGAUGCUAAAAAAGUGACUCUUUCAAAAACUAAUGUUCCACAAGAAAAAACCCCUAAAGUUAACAGCAGGACUAGGAAAUUGCAAAACCUUCAGGAGAUCGACGACGUUCUCAAAGUUUUGGAGCUAGAGUCUUCAAAUACAGACUCUACCAAAACCGCCUGCAACUGCAGGGGAACAAGACAUCCGCUGUUUGAAAUAGCCCCCAAUUGUCUAUCCUGCGGUAAGAUCAUAUGCGUCUUGGAAGGACUCCAUAGGAAUAACUGCAGUUUCUGUGGUGCUGAGUUGAUGACCCUGGGAGAGAGAUCCAAGAUUAUAGACGCUCUAAAUCAGGAAAAGCUCGAACUUACAACCGCAAAUGUGCCAGUGGCACAGGCAAGGCCUAAAAAGUCCAAGGCUUACAAGAUUACCUCGGGAACCGGUACUAACCUGUUUUCAGAGCAGGAUCGACUGUUCCAAAGGAUCGAGCGAGAAAAAGAACGUGAGGCAAAGCGUAAAGAGGUUUUGGAGGGCUUAGAACAAACCUCGACUGCAGGUAAUAAAGAAGCAUCCGAUUUAGAAAACGAGGACCCAGAACUCAGGAAUGCUCAGGAGCGCCUGGAAAAACUUUUACAUUUUCAGGAAACGUCUGACCAACGAACUAAGAUUAUUGAUAAUGCUAGUGACUUCAGCAUGAGUUGUGACUCGAACAUAUGGGGAAGCGCCCAAGAUCGUGCACUCAUGCUCAAAAAACAGCAAAGGAAUAUUAGACGAUGGGAGAAACUCGAACAAGAACGUAGAGGCAAAAGGGAUAAGGUUGUAAUGGAUUUGGUUAUAGGCAAAAAUGGCAAAGUUACGAUGACAGAGGCUAUAAGGCCUCAAAGAACGGCGAACGCUGGUGAUGAUGAAAGCAGGGAAGAAAUAAGCGAUGAAGAAGAUUUAAAAGAUCUAGAAGAUAUAGCACAUCUGAAAGGCUCGCUGGCUCAGAGCUCAAAAGAAAGGGAACAAAAGCUAUCGUCCAAUGUCUGGGAUCCAGAAAAGGAUCGGAAACAGUUCAAAAAACCUGUAUAUACUCGCGAUCGUGAAGCGCUGCCAGAACUCGAUGAGACGGCGCAUAAGGACCAUGCGCUUGAGCAGUACCGGAUUCAACGGGUACAAGUAAGUCAAAAUGAUGAAAAUUCGCUCGAGCAGAAUAUCUUGGCUGUACUAUGA